AUGGUGACUAAGGCUGUCCACCUGGAACUGGUCGAAGAUAUGACCACUGCGGCCUUCAUAGGAGCCCUGAAAAGGUUCAUCUCCCGAAGGGGGAAGGUGGUAAACAUGUACUCGGACAACGGGCUGAACUUUCGAGGUGCAGAUAACGAGAUGCAGGAUCUAUUUCAAAGUCCGGAUCUGCAGCACGCCGCCGCUGAGGAGCGCUUGAACUGGCAUUUCAUACCGCCAAGGGCCCCCCACUUCGGCGGAUUGUGGGAAGCUGCCGUUUGGUUGAUGAAACAGCAUUUGACGAAGACUAUAGAAGAUGCAUCCCUUACGGUGGUAGAAAUAAUGACGGUAUUGGCCCAGGUUGAAGCAAUUCUUAAUUCGAGGCCAUUAACGCCGUUGUCGGACGAUCCCCUGGACUUGAGCGCAUUGACACCUGCUCAUUUCCUGAUAGGGGAUUCUUUCACCUCAUACCCAGAGCCUGAUAUUCUAGACGUACCCAUGAACAGGCUUUCUCGGUGGCAACACGUGGAGCGGUUGAAGCAGCACUUUUGGUCGAGAUGGUCCAAGGAGUAUCUAGCCGUUUGUCAGGGAAGAACAAAGUGGAAGUCCGAAACCCACUCCAACCUAGAAGUAGGCCAGCUGGUUAUGCUGAAGGAAGAUGAGUCCAUGCCGUUGAAAUGGGUGCUGGCGAGAAUUGAUGGCGUUCAUCACGGUUCAGAUGGCGUAAUACGAAUCUUAACUGUCCGUAUUAGCAAAGGCAUUUAUAAAAGACCGAUUGUAAAGAUUUGUCCACUCCCUGUCGAAGAGCCCGAAGCUCAGAAAAACGAACGUGCUCCACAUUAG